CAAGGACGCUGUGCAGAAGCGGGCCUCUUCUGCAUAUCGAGGUUUUCCAUUUCCUUAGUAAUGGCGGAGACAUUUCAUGCUUGCUGAUAAAACAGGAAAAAUAACAAGUAAAAUGACAGUAAAAAGCGACAAAAAGGCAAACCUCAUAUUAGAAGAAGCAGACGUUCCUUAUGAAGAGGAAAUACUGCGACACCCUUAUUCAGUGAAAUGCUGGAUGAGAUAUGUGGAGCACAAGACAACUACUGGUGGCAAGAAUCAAGCUGUAAACCUUAUUUAUGAAAGAGCGUUGAAAGAGUUGCCAGGAAGUUACAAACUUUGGUACAACUAUUUGAAGCUGAGAAGAAGACAAGUUAAGGGCAAAUGCAUAACAGAUGUUGCCUUUGAAGAAGUCAAUAAUGCGUAUGAAAGGUCCCUUGUAUUCAUGCAUAAGAUGCCAAGAAUAUGGAUAGAAUAUUGUCAAUUUAUGUCCGAUCAGAAGAAAAUUACAAGAACACGGCGGCUUCUUGACAGAGCUCUCAGGGCUCUCCCAAUCACGCAGCAUCGCAGAAUAUGGCCCAUUUACUUGAAGUUCAUUAAGAGUUACAACAUGCCUGAAACUGCUGUUCGCAUAUAUCGAAGAUACUUGAAAUUGCAGCCUGAAAAUGCGGAGGAGUACGUUGAUUAUCUGAUUGACAUUGGCUGGCUUGAUGAAGCGGCUGUUAGGCUUGCAGCUAUUGUUAAUGACGAAAAUUUCAUCUCUAAAAAGGGCAAGUCUAAUCAUCAGCUUUGGCACGAACUGUGUGAACUUAUGUCGAAAAAUCCAAGCCAGGUGAAAAGCUUAAAAGUCGGGCAGAUCAUUCACGGAGGACUGCGUCGAUUCACGGAUGGCCUAGGCCAAUUAUGGUGUUCGCUUGCAGAUUAUUAUAUACGGGCUGGUGAUUUUGAGAAGGCGAGGGACGUUUAUGAAGAAGCAAUCCAAACUGUAAUGACCGUUAGAGACUUUGGACAGGUUUUCGAUGCUUAUGCUCAAUUCGAAGAGGGUAUUAUCAACUCAAAGAUGGAGAGUUCAACGGAAGCAACGAUGACAGAGGAAGACGAAAUUGACCUCGAGCUUCGACUUGCAAGAUUCGAAAUCUUGAUGGACAGAAGGCCUUUAUUAUUGAAUAGUGUCUUGUUGCGACAGAAUCCGCACAACGUUCACGAGUGGCACAAGCGUGUAGCUCUUUAUGAAGAUAAGGUUAACGAAAUCAUCAAUACGUACACUGAAGCUGUAAAAACAGUCGACCCUAAACAGGCCAUCGGAAAGCCACAUACUCUUUGGGUAGAGUUUGCAAAGUUCUAUGAAAACCAUGACCAGAUUGAUGAGGCCCGUAUCAUUUUUGAGAAGGCUGUCAAAGUUGAAUACCGGACAGUUGAUGAUCUUGCUUCAGUUUGGUGUGAAUACGCUGAGAUGGAGAUAAGGAAAGAAAACUAUGAAAAAGCCUUGAGGUUGAUGAGAAGAGCCACUGCUAUUCCAUCAAAGAAAGCUGGCGUCAACUACCACGAUGAGAGAGAAAAAGUUCAAGAUCGUGUUCACAAGUCCCUUAAAUUGUGGUCCAUGUAUGCGGAUUUAGAGGAGAGUCUUGGCACUUUCCAGUCAACAAAGGCUGUUUACAAUCGAGUCAUCGAUUUGCGGAUUGCAAACCCACAAAUUAUUCUUAACUAUGCUUCAUUCCUUGAAGAGCACAAUUAUUUUGAAGAGUCUUUCAAGGCAUUUGAGCGAGGCAUCGCAUUGUUCAAAUGGCCCCAUGUUAACGACAUAUGGAACACUUACCUCACAAAGUUCUCCAAGCGUUACGGUGGAACAAAAUUAGAACGAGCGCGCGAUCUAUUUGAACAGUGUUUAGAAAACUGUCCUCCGAAGAAUGCCAAACCGUUUUUUCUCAUGUACGCGAAGUUGGAGGAGGAGCAUGGUCUUGCAAGACAUGCGAUGGCAGUCUACGAUCGAGCUUCGACAUCACUUCCACCCAAUGAACAAUACGAGAUAUUCAACAUCUAUAUUAAAAGAGCUGCAGAGAUAUUUGGGGUCACACAUACGAGAGAUAUCUACGAAAAAGCAAUUGAAGCUUUACCAAAUGAAUUUGCUCGUGAGAUUUGUACAAGAUAUGCAGACUUGGAGAAAAAACUUGGAGAAAUUGACAGAGCCCGCGCAAUCUACAGUUACUCAUCACAAAUGUGUGACCCGAGGACAAGUGGGAAUUUUUGGAAAACUUGGCACGACUUUGAAGUUAGACAUGGAAACGAAGACACAUUUAGGGAAAUGCUGAGGAUAAAAAGGACAGUGCAGGCACAAUAUAAUACUCAGGUCAAUUUCAUGUCAGCUCAACUGUUGGCAGCUCAAGCAGCAGCUAAAGAUGACGAAUCAAAGAAUGAAAUGGAGAAACUGGAAGCUGCUGCUAAUGUCUUGGCCGAAGAAGCGAAGAAAGACAAACCAUCUGCUGCAGCCAAUCAAAAAGGCGUUUUGUUUGUCAGGGGUGAGACGACACAGCCGGCUGAAUUGAGUGACGUUGCCACAACGGUCAAUCCAGAAGAAAUAAGUCUAGAAGAUGAAGAUGAUGACAGCAGUGACGAAGAGGACCAAAGAGACGAUAUCCAGUUAGAGCAAAAGCAGGUUCCGGCUGAGGUUUAUGGUGGUCUCAAGCCGCAGUGAAAAAAGAUGAAUACCAAGGACAAAAGUUUAAAACACAAGAACAGGCUGACGUAUUAUUCAUGAAUAUUUUCUUCAAGAAAUCGUAAUAUUCUACAGGAUAUUUCCAUGCUGCUGUAGGAAUUAGAAUCUCCUCGUUGCAAACAGACUUAAUAAUGUGACUUAACUUGAAUGCUUUCAAUCUCUUGCUUAUCGAGUUCGAAAGUAAAUGAUUCAAGUUUUAGGCCAAUAGUUUUUAUCCUCUUCUGAACUGAACAGUCUUGCUUUCAUUUCAUUUUUUUAUUUUUCUUUGUUACAAAAGCAGUAAAACACACAUGUUUUUAAUAUUAAAAAUGCUUAAACAAGCAGUGUCUAAUGACAGCAGUUCAAGGCAUACGAGCUAAUGAGUUUAUUUCUUGGAAUUGA